AUGGCAUCUAUGCCACCUGCACAUUGUUUGAUCUGCGAAGAUGAACGGCAUUACGUGGAUAAAAACGGACAAGCAUGGACGACUAGAGAAGAAUUGUUAGGUAACUAUAAAAAUCAAUUCAAAUUCGAAGAAAAUGGUCUGUACUCGAUUUGGACUGAACCGCGAUUUGCGAUCGGUCAGCGUGCAUUCUUGUUACAAACAUCGUUUGGUAACAUUCUUUGGGAUUGUAUUUCGUAUCUCGAUCAGGAUACUAUUGAUUUUAUCAAUAAACUAGGUGGUCUCUGUGCAAUCGCAAUUUCUCAUCCUCAUUUCUUUACCACUAUGGUAGACUGGAGUGAUGCAUUUGGUCACGUACCUAUUUAUCUGCAUAAGAAUCUUGACACAUGGGUAGCAAGACCUGAUCCAUGCCUUCAAUUUUGGGAAGGCAGUACGAAAGAUCUAUUUGAUGGAAAAUUGAAGUUGAUCAACACCGGCGGACACUUUGACGGUUCACAGGUAUUAUACUGGCCAGAAGGAGCAUCUAACAAGGGUGUACUACUAAGCGGUGAUGAUCCUCAAAUUUGUAUGGAUUCAAAACAAGUGACAUUUAUGCAUAGUUUUUUGAAUUAUAUUCCAUUAAAUGAAAAGAAAAUUAGACGCAUCUUGGAACGUCUACGUCUUGUCAAUUAUGAUAGAUUGUACGAUGCUUUUACUAUCUAUGGUACAGAUGGAGUCAUUCGUGAAGGUGCACAGCAGAUUGUUCAACGAUCAGGAGAACGAUAUUGUAAAGCUAUUUCCAAUGAUUUGGAUUGA